AUGGCACCGACAGAGACCAGGCAUGAAGAAUACCAAUACCUAGAUCUCGUCCGCGAGAUCCUCGACGAGGGUGAGCGGAGGCCAGAUCGCACCGGCACGGGCACGCUCUCGAUAUUCGCCCCGCGACCCCUCAAGUUCAAGCUCCACGGCGCCGACGACCGGCCCGUCCUGCCCCUCCUCACCACCAAGCGCGUCUUCACCCGCGCCGUCAUCGCCGAGCUUCUCUGGUUCGUCGAGGGCAACACCAACUCCAAGGCCCUCAGCGACGUCGGCGUCAAGAUCUGGGACGGCAACGGCUCCCGCGACUUCCUCGACAACCUCGGCCUGCACCACCGCGAGGUCGGCGACCUCGGCCCCGUCUACGGCUUCCAGUGGCGCCACUUUGGCGCCGAGUACGUCGACUGCCACGCCGACUACACCGGCCAGGGCGUCGACCAGCUCGCCGAGAUAGUGCACAAGCUGCGCACCAACCCCUACGACCGCCGCAUGAUCCUGAGCGCCUGGAACCCGCGCGACAUGAAGCAGAUGGUCCUGCCGCCCUGCCACAUGUUUGCCCAGUUCUACGUCUCGUACCCGAACAAGCAGAAGAGCGCCACAUCAUCAUCAAACAGCCAGACAAAUGGCAGCAGCAACGGGGACACGGCAGCAGAGAAGCCCUCCAAGGGCCACCUGCACUGCCAGCUGUACCAGCGGUCCUGCGACAUGGGCCUCGGCGUGCCCUUCAACAUCGCCAGCUACGCGCUGCUGACGCACAUGCUCGCCCACGUCUGCGACCUGGUGCCGGGCAGCCUGACGCACGUCAUGGGCGACGCCCACGUCUACAUCGACCACAUUGACGCGCUGCAGACGCAGCUCGAGAGGGAGCCCAGGGCCUUCCCUCUGCUUGAGAUCCCGCGGGAGAAGGGCGGCAGCAUCGACGGGUGGAAGGUGGAGGACUUUGUCAUCAAGGGCUACGACCCGCACAAGACGAUUGCCAUGAAGAUGUCGGUGUAG